CUCAGAAUCCAAGAUGGCGGGAUCCAGGCGGAGGGGUCCCCGGGCCGGGGUUCGGCCUCUUCUCUGCGCCCUGCUGCUGUCGCUUAGUCGCUUCGCCGGGGGCGACGGCACAGGAGGCGGCUUUGCGGCCGCGGCCGCCGCGGGCUCCGCCGCCGCGCAGCCACACCGCCGUUUCGAGUACAAAUACAGCUUCAAGGGGCCGCACCUGGUGCAGAGCGACGGGACUGUGCCCUUCUGGGCCCACGCGGGGAAUGCUAUUCCAAGUUCAGAUCAGAUUCGAAUAGCACCAUCUUUAAAAAGCCAGAGAGGAUCAGUGUGGACAAAAACAAAAGCAGCCUUUGAGAACUGGGAAGUUGAGGUGACGUUUCGGGUGACUGGAAGAGGUCGAAUUGGAGCUGAUGGCCUGGCAAUUUGGUAUACAGAAGAUCAAGGCUUGGAGGGUCCUGUGUUUGGAUCAGCUGAUAUGUGGAAUGGCGUUGGAAUAUUUUUUGAUUCUUUUGACAAUGACGGAAAGAAAAAUAAUCCUGCUAUAGUAAUUAUAGGCAACAAUGGACAAAUCCAUUAUGAUCAUCAAAAUGAUGGUGCUAAUCAAGCUUUAGCAAGUUGCCAGAGGGACUUUCGUAAUAAACCCUAUCCUGUCCGGGCAAAGAUUACAUAUUACCAGAAGGCACUGACAGUAAUGAUCAAUAAUGGCUUCACACCAGAUAAAAACGACUAUGAAUUUUGUGCCAAAUUGGAAAAUAUGGUUAUCCCUCCUCAAGGGCAUUUUGGAAUAUCUGCUACAACUGGAGGUCUUGCCGAUGACCACGAUGUCCUUUCUUUUCUGACUUUCCAGUUGACUGAGCCUGGGAAAGAACCGCCUACUGCAGAUAAAGAAAUUUCAGAAAAAGAAAAAGAAAAGUACCAGGAGGAGUUUGAGCACUUUCAGCAAGAAUUGGAUAAAAAAAAGGAGGAAUUCCAGAAGGGCCAUCCUGACCUUCAGUGGCAUCCUGCAGAUGAAGUAUUUGAGAGUGUAGGAGACCGUGAACUGAGACAAAUCUUUGAAGGACAAAAUCGUAUCCAUCUUGAAAUCAAGCAGCUGAACCGACAGUUAGAUAUGAUUCUUGAUGAGCAGAGAAGAUAUGUCUCUUCCUUGACAGAAGAGAUCUCUAAAAGAGGAGCAGGGAUCCCAGGGCAUCAGGGACAGGUCACUCAACAAGACCUGGAUACCAUUGUGAACACUCAGCAUGAGAUCCUGAGACAAGUAAAUGAAGUGAAGAAUUCCAUGAGUGAUACUGUCAGACUGGUCAGCGGCAUACAGCAUCCUGGAUCUGCAGGGGGAGUUUAUGAGUCAACUCAACACUUCAAUGACAUCAAAGAGCAUCUUCACAUUGUGAAGCGGGACAUCGAUAACUUAGUGCAGCGAAAUAUGCCAUUGAAUGAAAGACCAAAAUGCCCAGAACUACCACCAUUUCCAUCAUGCUUAUCUACGAUGCACUUCGUUAUAUUUGUAAUGGUACAAACGGUGUUAUUCAUUGGUUAUAUUAUGUAUAGGACUCAGCAAGAAGCAGCUGCCAAAAAAUUCUUUUGACCACCAUUUUCAUAUGUGUACAUCAUGUAUGUAUGUACAAAAUGUCUUUUUGAGGGAAUUUAAGUAUUUAAAUUGCUUCAUAGUCUAAAUUAUUAAAUUUUGUAUAAAAUGACUGUUUAAGCAUUGAUUUGCAUUAAGAAUAAACAUUAAAGACAACCACAUGUAAAUUUGUGCAUAGUACAUAAAUCUAUUUAAAUUUCAGUGAAUUUCUGGCCAGUAGAGUAUAGCCACUGAAAAGAAUAUUGAUAAGAUGGUACAUAAUAGAAAAUAGGGCACCCCCCCCCGAUGUGAAACUUACCCCUGUCUCCAGAGUUGGAAAUUUCUUUAUUUUACAUAAAUACACACUUUCCCUCCUUCCCCCUAGACUAUGUGGUCUAAGAGCUCCCCACCAUUUUAUUUUAUAACCAGAGUCUUUUUAGAGGUCAGGAUUAGGAUUUCCUACUCCAAGACCCAGUCCUGCAGUUCUUGAAUCUAAUAUAAUCUCCUUUGAAAUCAAAGAAUAUUUUGUCUGAGAGCUUUAGGAUCUAGAAGAUAAGCUUCAGAAUGUUGAAGUAUCUUUCUGAUUAUCAAUAACACAUUCCACUUUUAAAGGAAAUUUGGGGAGGACAAUUAAUAGCUGCUCUUUGCCUGAAAAACCAUUUACGUGAAAACGUUUCUCUGUUAAUGGUCUCUGUUUGUCUUCCCCCUGCUGAUGUGCUCAGUUCAGGACUGCUCACACUCGGGAAUGUCUCCAUGCCAGCAGUAUCAGGUCAAUAGUAGGAAAAUGAUUGGAUUUAUUUAGGAAUUUAUUUAUAAAUUUAUUUAUUUAGGAAUAUGGAUUUAUGUUUGUAAUCUAGGGAACUUAUUUCUCCCAUUUUGUAUGGUAUAUAAAUUCAGCUCAGAUUGCAUGUCCUGAGGAUAUUUUAAGUUCACGAAAAAAUCUGCUAUGUUUUGGUUUAUGUCACUUUGUACGAUCUGGUGUCGACUUGGUGUCCUUUAAAUCCAGGAGGCUGCGGUAGAAGCAGUGUUAAGACUCCUGAAGGCAAAAUUUAAAAAAUAGAAUUAAUACUUCUGACUUCUUUUUCUUAAUGCCCGAAGUAAGGAUAUCGUGAAACACUUGUUAGGAAGCUUAACCUUGAAAUGUCAGACUGGGAAGGGCAGUUGUAGUCUUUGUACAUAACUGUUCUAGGCAUUACAGAAACAGUCUGUAAAGGACAUUUUAAAAUGUAAACUUAAUGUUUUCACAGCUGAUGUAGACCUGGUUUUUUGGUGGCUUGAAAAUACUUUUUACCUCUUUUAGCUAAAUCGUUAAUCUUUCAUUUGUCAUAGAAUACAAAAUAAAAAAUAAUGCUGUUUUAUAAAACAGUACCAUUUCAUUCUUCCAGACUUCAUAAAUUUGUUCUCAAAUGUCAUUUACAGAUUGGGCUAACUGCCUAAAAUCUAUACAAAGACUAUGAGGAAGCCUGCAUUAUAGCAGUACCUACUUCGUACUAUGUACGCAAACAGUCCUAGCACUACUUUUUCUAUUAGCAUUUAUCCUGGAACGCUGAAUGAGAACAUUCUAAUGGCGACUCACUCUACUUUCAGUCGCUUUAACAGAGAAAAUGCUUUUCUGAUAUUUCUCCUUUGUAGUAUUCACCUUUUGAAAUUCAUGUUCCAGAGACAUCAUCACAGAAUUUGCUCUUAAAUCUGUGAAAGAAAAAAAAAAAAAAGAAAAAAGAAAACCUUCAGAAGAAUAUUGAUGUUGUGGGCUGUGAAAGUUGGGAAAUCCGGCAAAGUAUCCAGAGUUAGAACAUCCAUGGUCACAUGUGCCUGAACGCACCAAGGGAGCACCAGGCGUCUGUGUGCCUGGUGCAUUUAUCAGGCUGCGGUGCAGGAGGAAGUGUGCUGACCAUUACUAAUUCAAGUGCAGACAGCUAUUAGGAGAGCGCAUGAAUCUUUCUUUUUUACUUAGUAAUUUACUAGAAAAUCAGUAAAGCAGUUCACACACAGGCUGUUCAUCAUAUUAUUUGAAAUUCGGUCUAUUUUCCUCAAAGUCAUGGACUUUAUGUGGCUCAUUUCUGAAGAAAAAUGUUUGCUCUGUGGGAAAAUCAGUCACUGCCAGGAUUCUUUCAUUUCUGUACUAUUUUGUAUAAUUAAAUUUGUUAACUUCUCUCUCACCAGCAAGUAUUUUACAGGUGCCUUGGAUUAAAACAAAAUUGAUCUUAAAAUUUUAGUGUAAGUCAUUGUGCUUGUGAUACCACUUUUAAAAAGAAAUCCAAUUACAUAACGGCUAAUACUUUUAUUUCAUGUACCUGUUUGUCUUCUAAUUGUUUGAAUGUUUUAUUCAGCUUGAAACUUUACUAAGAAGCCACAAACGAUAAACAAUGUUUUGUUAUGUAUUAAAGGAACAUCAGUGUUUCUCAAAGUGUAGUCCAUGGACCGUGUGGGUCAUGGCGUGCUUGUGAAGCAUACAGAUUGCAGGGCUCCAUUCUAAACCACCUGAAUCAAAAUUCAGGGGCGGGCUUCAGAGUAUCACUUUGCAACAAGCACCGCAGGUAACUCUGAGCACAUUAGUGUCUGAGAACCACUAAGAUGGGGAGUGGGGAAAAAAAUAAGUACUUUGUUUUGUUGGUUUAAAGCUGAGCUGAGAGCAUAAUAUGCCAUUUUCAUUGCUGAUAACAUUAGCAAAUGUGCAGAUUCUUUUAUACUUACAAUGUUCUUUUUACUAAAAUUCUUGAUUUAUUAACAACCACAAACUAAACCCAGAUUGUCGCCUGUAGCUCUUGGUACUUUGGUUGUUGGCUUUUAAACUUACAGAAUCAUCAGAUCAUGGUCAAGCCAUGUAAACUCCCAUCUCACAGUCUGCCUGCUAAAGCUUUUUGCGUUCCUGAUUGCGAUUUUUGUGACAUUUUAUCUAGGACAAUUGUACUAGGGAAAACAAAUUACUUGAAUAAGGGAUCGCCUGACCCGAUGUGUUGCAGAGAUACAAUCUUUGUAAAGAACUUAAAUAACACUUGUGAAUAUUAAAAUGUGAUUAUCCUUUUCCUUUUCCUUGUCCGUGUGCUUAUUAAGCAGGGAGAUAGUGAACAAACGAUUAUGUGGGGGAUUUUUUUAUUUAUAAGAGCUAAUGUAAAAUCACCACUUGCAACUUUUUAGAUCUGUAUGUUGCCUGUUUAAUAUAUUUCUUUUAAACUUUAAAAGGGUUUUCUAUCCACUGUUAAUUUCAAUUGGAUAACAUUUUGUCAAGUGUUUUUUUUCUGAUUGUUACUUGAUGCUAGCUGGAAUUCAAGAAAUGACAUUGACCUUAUUCAAAUAAAGAAAUAUUUUAGUAAA